CCGGACCACAGCAAGAAAAGCUACAGCUUUGCCGGAAAAAAACUGAUUUAUUACGAAGAGGUUUAGGUUCCGGUAGACAUGAGACGUGAUUUGUGGUGAAAAGCGUCCGUGUGGUCUCUGGGGUUUUCAGUGCCGACAUGGAGGACUUAUGUCGAGGCGUGCGUGGUUAAGUCAACAGACUGCUACAGAGCACUGAAUAUUUUUAAUUAACGCAGGUUGGCUGGGUCAUGCUGAUGGACCAGGACACUCCGUGGCUGUACCAACUCCUGGCUGAGGUCCAGCUGGAGAAGUUCUAUUUCCGUGUCAGAGACGGCCUCAACAUCACCCGCAUCGAGCAUUUCACCUAUGUCAAAGAGGCUGACCUCGAGCAGAUCGGAAUCAGCAAACCUGCACAAAGAAGAUUAUGGGAUGCUCUAAAACGCUACAAAACAAACUCACGUUCACGGUCAUGGAUGCCCAAGGUGUUUAGGCCAGAUGGAGGGGAGCAGUGGAGUGGAAAUGGACCAGCUCAGGGCCAGGAGGGUGUCAGCCGAGCCCUUCCUAGUUUAAUCCAAGACAGUGAGCUGGUCCUGGGGGAGAAAUUGGGUUCUGGGUCCUUUGGAGUGGUGAAGAAAGGAGAAUGGCACACACCAACUGGAAGAGUGCUGCCUGUUGCUGUAAAAUCACUGAGAAGCAGCAUGUCAAGGCAAACAGACACUCUGACGGACUUCCUCCAAGAAGUGACCACAAUGCAGUCCUUAGACCACAUCAACAUUAUUCGACUCUAUGGUGUGGUGCUCACACAGCCGCUCAAGAUGGUAACAGAGCUGGCCCCUUUGGGCUCACUAUAUGACACCCUGCGCUCACGUCAAUAUGAGUACCCUCUGGUCCGCCUCUGGCUCUUUGCUACUCAGAUUGUGGCAGGUAUGGACUACCUGGAGACCAGGAGAUUCAUCCACAGGGACCUGGCCGCUAGAAAUGUGCUGCUGGCAUCCAGGGAGAUGGUGAAAAUUGGGGACUUUGGCCUAAUGCGAGGCUUGAGUCAAGAGAAAGACCACUAUGUCAUGGGAGCACACAGAAGGAUCCCGUUUGCAUGGUGUGCUCCAGAGAGUCUUCGUAUUGGCUCCUUCUCCCAUGCUUCAGAUGUCUGGAUGUUUGGUGUCACUCUAUGGGAGAUGUUUACCUACUGUGAAGAACCCUGGUUUGGUCUGUCGGGCCGACAGAUUUUGUGGCGUGUAGAGCGGGAGGGCGAGCGCCUGGAGAAACCACCAGAUUGCCCUCAGGAGCUAUAUGGCGUCAUGAGGAAGUGUUGGGCCUGCAAUCCUGCUGACAGACCCAGUUUCAACCAACUAACCACGAUGGUGGCAGAGGCUAAACCAAUGGAGGUGCAAGCAGCAAGAGACUUUGCAGAACCCAGAAAACUCACACUUGUGACCAAUGACGUUGUGACCGUCAUUGACCAUGGUCUGGAGCUGAGUGAGUGGCGAGGUCAGAACCAGAGGACACUGACAGUUGGCUGGUUUCCUGCAAGCCUCAUUGUGCCAUUACAGCCCUCUGUUCCUGUUCCUGUCACCACUACUUCCAGCAACCAAGGCCCCAACCUUGCUUCCAGCUCUGCCUUCAUCUCAGCCCCACUAAAAGGAAGUCUGUAUCACACUGGGCAUGGAGACAUCAACCCUGAAAACUGCUGGGGAACACCUGAGAACCUGAAUGACAGCGGCAGCUGGAGGUCAGGCCCUGGCAGGGAGAAGGAAGGAUCCAAUCUGCAGAAAAUGGCAGGUAUGUCUCAGAGCCUGGAAUCGGUUCUAAGUGGACGUCGGCCCCGGGCUCAUACAACAGGGUUGGUCAGAGUGGAUCAGCAUGGCAGACUCAUGCCUCCUGCAGUUGCAGCUCGAAGUGUGGUGAUGCAGCCGGACACUCGCCGGUUCAGCGAGGCUAGUAUCAAUCCCCCUCCUCGUCCACCACCCCCCAAUCUGAAACGCUUCAACAUGAAAUCCCAGAGGAAACCUCCAAUUCCCCCAGCCCCAGGCACAUCAUGGCCUCCACAGAUGAUGCCAUCCCCUCUGGUGCAGAUGCAACCUCAACCCCAACCUCAACCUCAACACUUGCCUCAGCAGGGCGCCGGAGCCUCCAACCUGGCUAAAACCGCCCACAUGGCACGCUCUAGCCCACAACUGGAUGAGUAUGCAGACAACAGAGAGAGGGAUCGAGAACGAACAAGAGAGCGUGAGAAGUCGCCUCAUGUGCAGAACACUAAAGACAGUCUCAUUGCACAGGUUAUGGAUGCAGUACAUGGCGUAACCACAGAAGAGGUUCAUAAUGCACUUCAGCGCAACGACUGGAACCCACUGCGAGCAGAGCAACAACUCAAGCUGGAGCAUCUGUACUCGCUGAGCCUCUGCUCCAGAGAGGACUGCCUGAGGAUCCUCUCCAAAUAUCAGUGGAACCUGCAGCAUGCCAGCCGCUACCUGAUCCGAUCGACUCGAGACGACAGGCCUGGCGAGAGGGAGCGGCCUCCAAUCAGCGCAGAGAGACGAGUCUAAAGAGAUUUUAGAUGGCUAAUUUUAUCUUUAUUAAUGCGUGGGUGGUUGACUUUUUCAGCAUCAUCCUGUUUUACAGUGACACACUCCUUUACCCGGAGCUCUCUAACACACCUGUACUCAGUUGCUUUGGUAUGGGAACAGUCCAGUGUGUGUGUGAAAGUAGAAAAAUUAAAAUGCAUGUACGUGAUGAGGAAAAAUAUCAGGAAGCCCGGCAAGUUAGCAAAAAUCUUUCUGACCACUUUCUGAUGAGACUCUAUCAAGCACAUGCUUUUUGCAAAUAGUUUUUAUCACUUAAUGAAUUUGUAUAUAUUUUGUUGGAGAUUGUUUUAUUGAAUAAAACUGGUGAUGUGGUUUUGAUCUGCCAUGUCAUAAUUAAUUUACAUCAUACCGUUUUACUGUUAAAUUGCUCUAUAGUUAGUUUGUGCUUUUUUUUCUGUCUUAUAAUCCUUGCAACAGUAUAUCAGAUGCGAUGUGUUAUAUCUUGAUAUUGAUGUUUUCAUUUUUAUAUUUUUCUAUGUAGAAAUUCCGUUAUAGAAUAAAAGACUGGUCAUCUUGCCCA